AUGGCACCAGUUUGUACAAGAAGUAGAAUGAAGCUGCAAAAAGUGAUGGUUGAAGAUAGAAAGCAGAAAAGGAGUUAUUGUCAUGAGUUUGCUAGAGAAGUUAUUAGUACUUGUUCAGUUGAAAACACAGAAGUUGUUGUGAGUGAUGAUCAUAACAAGGUUGAAGAUAGAGAGAAAAAUGUAACAUGUGCAUCAAGUGGUUGUUGUACACCAAAAGCAAAAAGGUACAGAAUACCUCAAGUGUUGACAUGUCCACCAGCACCUAAGAAGAGAAGAGUUACUUCGAGUGGAGUAUGUUUAUCCAUUAAUAGAUCACCAAUAGCUUUAUUUUCUUCACCUGAUAUAGAUCUUUUUUUCUUUUCUGCACUUAAAAAUGUAUCAGUAUAA